AUGGCUACCAAGGAGGCUAAGUUGGAGCUCAUCCGGGAGAAUUUGGCCGAAGUGCUCAAUCCGGAAAUCAUCGAUGAGGUCCUGGAUAAGGGCGAGACACUGCGGAUUUACUGGGGAACCGCCCCGACGGGCAAGCCUCAUUGCGGAUACUUCGUCCCUAUUAUGAAAAUUGCCCAGUUCCUCCAAGCAGGAUGCAACGUCAAGAUCCUCCUGGCUGAUGUCCACGCUUUCCUGGACAACCUCAAGGCCCCCAUUGAGCUGGUUGAGUACCGGGCCAAGUACUACCGCUACUGUAUCACGGCUCUGCUGCGAGCUGUUAAUGUGCCCAUUGAGAAGUUGGAGUUUGUGUUGGGCAGUUCUUACCAGAUGUCGGCGAAAUACACAAUGGAUGUUUACCGGUUGGCUUCGCUUGUAACGGAACAUGACGCCAAAAAGGCUGGUGCCGAGGUUGUCAAGCAAAGCCAGAAUGCACCUAUCAGUGGCCUCAUGUACCCCCUGCUGCAAGCGCUUGAUGAGGAGGCGCUGGAUGUCCACGCCCAGUUUGGUGGCGUUGACCAGAGAAAGAUUUUCGCCCUUGCUAUGGAAGUACGUACAUACACCGCCGGUUUGAAGCAUGUUGUACUAACUGAUUAG